UCGGUUCUAUCUCUUUCAUUUCCUCUCUAGGUCUACCCCACUUUCUCUCUCUCUCUCUAUACUCUAGAGAGAGAAAACAGAAAUCCCGCUGCAAUUUACAAAGUAGAAAGAGACAAAUCUAUACGCGACUCGCCAGACUCCAAACACCUAAAGCCAUAACCACCGGAGAAAAAGCAGAAAGAAAAACAUAUACAUAUGAUAUGAAAGCUGUUUGAAGUGAAGGCAGUCUCUAUUAAUGGUAGAAAAUCCACCCGGCGUGAUUUGCGGCAGCUGAGUAUAAUCGGCAUUCUCGAUGAUCAUCUCCAGUGCUUCUCCUAGUGUUGUUGGGGAAAUCUGCUGCAGUAUCAGUAAGCUCGGCGGAGUUAUCAUAGGCUCCGGCGGCGGCGGCGGCGGCGGCUCCGGAAUGGCACAAGUGUUCCGAAUGCCGGUGUGGCUCUCGCUAUCACACCCUUCGCUGGGCUCGUCUUGACUGGCGACGGCUUCUGUACUACUAGGUAAAGAACACAGGGGAAUGGUCACAGUAAAUUGCACGGGAAGUCUGAGAAUUUACGUGUGAACCCUAGAGUACUGUAGAUUAUUAAUUAUUUCUGACAAAGUAGAAGUAGAUGAAAGCUCUUAAACGAAGUAAGACUUCGUCGUCUUCGGAUUCCUCUUCACCGUCUUCAUCGAUAUCGUGGAUUCGUUUGAGAUCGAUUCUGUUCGUUGUAGCAUCCUCCUCGCCAGCUUCUUGUUCUUACCCUGAUCGGGCCCAUCUUAAGUCGCCAUGGUCUCACAGAAAACGAAAGCGUGCCCUUUCACUCCGACGGUGGAGAAGCUUUUUCACACCUGAUGGAAGACUUCGAGAUGGUGGAGUUAAAUUUCUGAAAAAAGUCCGGAGUGGAGGUGUUGAACCUAGUAUCAGGGCAGAAGUUUGGCCAUUCCUACUUGGGGUCUUUGAUUUGGACAGUUCUAAAGAAGAAAGAGACUCCAUAAGAUGCCAGAAAAGAAAAGAAUAUGCUAGGUUGCGAUUGCAGUGCCGUCGACUGUUAAAAUGCAAGGAUAAGAUGUUUAAAUUGAACGGAACUAGCAGAACAAGUAAUGGAAACAAUGGAAGUCUCAUUGGAGUGGUGGAUUCUCCAGUUUCUGAAGAUGUUAGUUGUAGAGAAUCCCUCUGUAGCGGGGAAAGAAGCCCAUACAAUGAAUAUUCAGACAAUCCUGUUGACUCUUUGUUUUAUGGAAAUGCUGGUUCAAGACGAAUCACAGAGCUAGGUUUUAACUCUGACUCUGAAUCAUCAGACUCGGACUCCUCUGCUGAUCCUGUUACAAUCCAAAAUAUUCCCUCCAUGGAUAGCAUGGAGAAAAACACCACUGAGAUGCCCUCUAAGGGAUCUUCCCCUUCAAUGGAAUCCCAGUCAAAACUUCUGAAUGUAGAAGAUUUUGCGACAUGGCGACGCAUCAUCCGUCUUGAUGCAAUCCGUGCUAAUGGAGAGUGGAUGGCAUAUUCUCCUGGUCAGGCUGCAGUUUCAGAACUGAAGGCACACCAAUCUGCCGAGGCUGUUGGGCUGAAGGACUACAGUCACCUGGAUCCCUGCAGGAUCGUCCAUGCUGCUCGAUUAGUUGCCAUUCUUGAAGCCUAUGCACUAUAUGACCCUGAAAUUGGCUACUGCCAGGGUAUGAGUGAUUUACUCUCUCCGAUAAUUAGUGUCAUAACCGAUGACUACGAAGCUUUCUGGUGUUUUGUUGGUUUCAUGAAGAAGGCUCGGCAUAACUUCAGGCUCGAUGAGGUGGGGAUCCGGAGGCAGCUGAACGUGGUUUCAAAAAUUAUUAAAUAUAAGGACUCACAUCUCUACAGACACUUGGAAAAGCUUCAAGCAGAGGAUUGCUUCUUUGUGUAUAGGAUGGUGGUAGUGCUAUUCAGGAGAGAGUUAACAUUUGAUCAAACAAUUAUCCUGUGGGAGGUGAUGUGGGCAGAUCAGGCUGCAAUCAGGGCCAGGAUUGGUAAAUCUGGAUGGAGCAAGAUAAGAUUGAGGGCCCCACCAACUGAGGAUCUGUUGCUUUAUGCAAUUGCAGCAUCUGUGCUACAAAGGAAGAAACAAAUCAUAGAGAAACAUAGUAGCAUGGAAGAAAUUUUGAGGGAGUGCAAUAACAUGGCUGGUAAUCUUGAUGUAUGGAAGCUCCUGGGUGAUGCCCAUGAUUUGGUGGUCACCCUCCAUGACAAGGUAAAUCCCUCCUUGUGAUCCUAGCCGGCAAAAGACCACAAGUAAAUUAGCCUAGGUUAUCUAUAGUUGACCGGUUCAAAUCAAGAGGGCAAGUAUUCGAACUCGUGACCUUGUAGUUCAGAUCUCUUGCCAUCUUGGUUGGGUUACCCUUGUUAGUUUUGUUUUUUUUUUUUUUUUUUUGGAUCAAGUAGUUUAUCGCCAUCUAUUUGAUUUCUCACUUGUGCUAGGUACAAUCUAUAAUCACGUUAAUUGUUGCUGCUUUAGAGUUUGAAUAUAAGCUUUUGACCUUUUGUUUGGUGCGAAUUCA